GCUCACUCCGUUCCCUGCGUUGUCCCGCCGGGUCGCCUUUCUCCGAACUUGGCCCCUUCCUCCUCGGCGGCGAUGCGCUCCCUGCUGCUGUGCCCGCUGGCCUUGGCUCUGUGGCUGUCCGUGUCGUGGGCUGCCUCCAGGGCCCCUUACCAGCAGAUCCUGCAUCACAGCCGGAUCCGCGGAAGGCAUCAAGGUCCCAAUGUGUGUGCUGUGCUGAAGCUGAUUGGAACAAACAGGAAGUACUUGCCAAACUGCAAACUUUGGUACCAAAGGAAAAUCUGUGGAAAAUCAACAGUGAUUGCCUAUGAAUGCUGUCCAGGAUAUGAAGAAGUUCCUGGAGAAAAAGGCUGCCCAGCUGCAUUGCCACUUUCAAACCUUUAUGAGACCCUUGGAGUUGUUGGAGCCACGACCACUCAACUCUACUCUGCCAGCUCCAACCUGAGUGCUGAAAUCACGAGCCCCGGAAGUUACACAAUCUUUGCCCCAACCAAUGAGGCCUGGGCAUCAUUGCCUGCUGAAAUGUUAGAUUCGUUGGUGAGUAAUGUUAAUAUUGAACUGCUGAAUGCUCUUCGCUACCACAUGGUGAAUAAGCGAGUCUUAACUGAUGAGUUGAAGCAUGGAACAUCUCUCCCUUCGAUGUACCAGAAUAUUGAUAUCCAGAUCCAUCAUUAUCCAAAUGGAAUUGUAACAGUGAACUGUGCUAGGUUAUUGAAGGCUGACCAUCAUGCCACCAAUGGAGUUGUCCAUCUCAUAGACAAAGUCAUUUCCACAACAACAAAUAAUAUCCUGCAGAUUGUUGAGGUUGAAGAAAGUCUAGAAACUCUUUUGACUGCUGUGACAGCAGCUGGCCUGAACAACCUUUUAGAAAAAGAAGGCCAGUAUACAUUGCUAGCUCCAACCAACGAAGCCUUUGAGAAGAUCCCACAAGAAACUUUAAACAGGAUCCUGAGAGACCCAGAAGCUUUAAAAGAUCUGUUGAGCAACCACAUCUUGAAAUCAGGCAUGUGUGCUGAAGCUAUUAUUGCCGGUUUAUCUAUGGAAACAUUAGAAGGCAACAUGUUGGAAAUUGGCUGUAAUGGAGAUGAACUGACCCUCAAUGGGAGACCUAUCAUAGCUAACAAGGAUGUCAUAGCUACCAAUGGUGUGAUACACUUUGUCAAUGAAUUGCUCAUCCCAGACUCAGUUAAAAAUUUGUUGGAGUUGGGCAGGGAGUCUGAUGUUUCAACAUCUAUUGAACUUUUUCAACGAGCUGGUCUUGGUUCUCAUCUCACUGGAAAUGAGCGACUGACCCUUUUGGUGCCCACUAACUCAUACUACAAAGGUCGGACACCUUCUGCAGAUCGGAACUUACUCCGGGAUCACAUCAUUAAAGAGCAGCUUUCCUCAAAGUACCUUUUCCAUGGACAGAAGCUGGAAACUCUGAGUGGCAAAGAACUGAGAGUAUUUGUAUACCGCAAUAAUCUCUGUAUUGAAAAUGCCUGCAUUGCUGCCCAUGACAAGAGAGGGAGAUUUGGCACCUUGUUUGCUGUUGACAAGAUAGUGACUCCCCCAAUUGGAACUGUGAUGGACGUACUCAAAGCGGAUGAUCGUUUCAGUACCCUGGUAGCAGCCAUCCAGUCUGCAGGUCUUACAGAGAUGCUGAAUAGGCCACGGUCCUUCACGGUAUUUGCACCAACCAAUGAAGCUUUCCGAGCCAUGUCACAAAGGGAGCUGAACAAACUCAUGGGUAAUGCAAAAGAACUUGCCAACAUUCUGAAAUAUCACAUUGGGGAGGAAAUACUGGUCAGUGGGGCAGUUGGGGCUGCUGUAAGAAUCAAGUCUCUGCAGGGUGAUAAACUAGAAGUCAGCUCUAAAAAUGAUGAAAUAUAUAUCAACAAGGAGCCUGUUGCUGAGGCUGAUAUUAUGGCCACUAAUGGUGUGAUUUAUGCAGUGAACACUGUUUUACAGCCACCAGCCCCUAAAGCUAACGAAAGGAGUGAUGAGCCUGCUGACCCUGCACUGGAAAUCUUCAGGCAUGCUCCUGCAUUAUCCUUUAGUUCAGCAAGGCGAAAUUAUUUAACUCCUACAUAUUCACUACUGUUAAAAAAAUUGAAGGAGCAACAAGAAAAGCAGCAGCAGCAGCAGUGAGAUGAAAGCAAUUCUGCAUUGGAAUCACAACCAAGGAUUCAGCUAGCUUUGGCUAUUGGGUUGCUGACGAGAAGGACUGCUUUAAAACAAAACCGAAAACUGUUGUCAAAAUGUGUUACACAAAGGUUACCUUUUUCCCAACUGAGAAUGAAGGAGAGAAAAUAAAAGCCAUUCACAUACACAUAUAUAUUUAAACUCUUUUUAAUAAACCUAAUUUUGUUCCCAACUUUAGUUGAUAAUUUGAGAAGCCUCAAAUAGGCCACACGUCCAGAUGGACGAGAACAAUGACUACAACUAACCAUAACACUUAAGUCUGUCUCUCAGGAUAAUGCUAAAAAGAUUUUAAGGAUGUUUUGUUCUGUCACUGUAGUAUGCUGGGUCCUUCUAGCCCAAUGCCAUCUCCUCUGGUAGGCAGGGGAUCUUCAUGUUUUCAAGGUUAGGUUUUUCUCAUCCCUUCUGGCAGAUCUGUCUUGCUGACCAUUGUGCCUUGGACUUCCCACAUAAUAUAACUCUGGGAUGUUCCUAUACCUAUACAUGAUGUUUUUCUAAGUUUUCCCCCCACAGUGUCGUAUGAUAUAUCUUGGACUUUGGUUGCAGAAAGAGAAUUAAAUGAGUUUCAGGCAGGCUUCCCUUUUUCUUCUUAAUGUUGUCUAAGAACUUGGAGAAAUUCCCUUUUUGGACUGCAACUCCCAAGAAUCCCUGUGUACUAAGCUGGCUAGGUGAUUGUGGCAGUUGUAGUCCAAAAAAUAUGCUCCCUACUCCCAAGCUAUGCUUUGUAUACAAUCAGGAAAGUGCAGUCAUUCAGAUGGACCCUGCUCUUUGGCAUACUUCCACGUUGAAAACCAAUUUUGAAGGAACCCUAUACCAUCCUUGGGAGAAACAGGCCAAUAUGUCCAUUUUCAGUGAUGCUAACAAAGUAGGAGCUUCCUAUUUCAAAGAGAUUUGCUGUGAAAUAUUUUUUGACGAGAGCUAAAAUGCCCAUCUGGGAUUCACUUCCAUAUAUUGAGCUUGUACUUGUACCUUGGUGCUGAUGAUUAUAUAUUUUUGUAUCACAUAAUGAAGAAAUGUCAUUUCAGACCAGGAUCAUUUGACCCUCCAGAUGUUUGGGACUUCAGCUCCCAUCAGCCCCUGCCAGCAUGGCCAGUGGAGAGAAAUUGUGAAAGUUGUAGUCCUACAACACCUGAGGGUCAAGAGGUUCCUCACCUAAACUUCAGACUAACCACCCAGCUUUACAGACCUUUCACAAUUUCUUGCUUGAGGUUUUAACCCAUCUGCAUAAUAUUUUUCUGUUGUGGUUCCGGGUAGUAGACCUGGCAACAAGUUUAAUAGCAAUGGCUAUUUUUUAUUGCUUUUCCCUUGUGUUGGGCAUGCUUGUACAGACACAUGUUGAAGAAAAUUUGUGUAUUUAAAGAGUUUAACCCAUGCCUUCAAUCAAACUGCAGCUUCUUAAGUUGCAAUUCAAGGAGCUCCACAAUCAGCAUUAUAGAUAAUCCUAAAUAUAGAAACUCUAAAUUUCAAAGGGGCUUUCCAACGUCAUGUGGGUAAUGGUUGCCAGAAGUUGCCUAAGCAUCAGGGAAUUAUCACACAUGUUGAAUUGUGGUCCAAAAUUGGGAAAAGUUACAUUUGCCAGGUUAUGGCUCACAUAAUGUUCCAUGAUUGCCAGCAGUGCUGUUGUCUGGAAAUUGCAAUAUAGCAAAGUAACUGACCUAUUGUGUCCUAUAAUAUUAAAAGUCCUUACUGGCAGUCUCUGAACUGUACAAUUUGUAUACUUCAGCAAGAACAUGUGUUUUUUUAUUUUCUUCCCGCCUGUGCUUUGAAAACCUUCCGUGCAAUUCUGUGUUAUAACUUUUUAAAAGCCUCAUUGUUGAUAUUGGGGAAAUUUGCAUGAUAUAAGCAACGGUUUGAUCAUUACCGUCAGUUAGCUUUUGUUUACACAUAUGGUUGUAACUUUAAUAUCUUUUGUUCUUCCUGAGUCUGAAAACAUCCCCCUCUGUAAUAUGGUCACAGUUUCUCUCCCUCAUCAAAACCUGCAAAUAAACCAUUCAUUUGUAAUAAAA